CUCCAAUAGGAGCACCCUUUCUUCCACUCGGACGAAUUAAGCAUAGGUGAUGCACAAAAUAGGGAGACUGACGCAACUACUAGCGUCGAAGAACGCAGAUUCGUAUCGCUCAACGUGCAUAUCGGCAACGCAAAGAGACAACGAUAUCAUCACUCAAGCAACAGAGCACUCAAUUACAUGCUAUCAUCGACGAGAUGAACAGGUCAUUUCUACGCUUCAGUAAUUUGAUUGUACAGUCAGAGAUCCUGCGACAGAAACCAGGACUCGCAAAAGAACUAAAGCAAGCAGCCGACAUCUUCACCAAUUGUGUUAUCACAUCCAACGAACGAACACUGGAUAGCGAUGAGGAUGAGCUCCGUGAAGCCGUGGCUACGCAGAAGUCACCUGAAGCUCCUGAAUCUGUGACAAGAACGCAGACUAAGCCAUCACAAACCAUCGUACCUCCGGAAAAAAGCCAGUCAUGGCGCUUUUCAGAAACAUCGCAGACUGUUAGACAGGCACAAAUAGACUCCGACGCUUCGCACCCCGAAAGCUACCUUACAAACAUUUCGAGCUCAACAUAUGACCUACCAGAGUCGAACAACCGAUCUAGCCUAGUCCGUCGAUGGCAGUUCACAGUAGGUGAAGUGCUGGAUCAGUCAAAAUCAAUGGGUACGCCUCAGCAAUCACAAGUAACGGGCGAUCAUUACCAUCAAGGACAGAAACAGCAGCAAUCACUUCCUUUUGGCCUCGUCGAUCUCCCUAGUCGCGAACAGUCGCCCUUUGUACCUCCAUACAUCUUUUCGGUCAGUGUCCCCACCUUGGGCGCAGAGCGUCCACCAACGCCAAGAUCUCUCUCCGGCAAAAUCUCAUACUCUUCAGGUACAUCGUUGAGUACGAAAACAUUGUCGCCGAACUAUACAUACUCGUUCGAAGAAGUCACGUUCGCGCGACGAUUGAUGCGAGCGACGCUAGAGUCUGGCUUCCUCUUACUCUCCAAAUCUGAUGUCCACCCUGCAGCCUUGAACUACGUAUUCAAGCUAUCAUUGCCGUACCUUACACUUGAUGAGAUCCGUGCUCGGUUCAAGACCAUUCUCGCUCGUGGAGUCACCGAGGACCUGGACUGGUACGCCACGCCUUUUCUUCACCUCGGUGGUGCCGGAACACACUAUCAACGACGCGACGCUCAGGGCAAUCCAAUACCCCUUAAGAAUACCUGGACGAUACGACAAAUUGAACCGCUGGACAAACGCCUGAUCAGGAUGGAGAGUGUUGCUGACGGGCAAGUCCAAAAUCUCGAAGGCAUCGAUCUCGCCGGUCUCGAAGGAGAAUGGUUUGAUGCAUACGACGUGCAAGGCUACCUCGAAGAGCAGUGGCAUUGUAGGAUAGACCCCAGGAGUUCCUUCGCAGAGUGCUUAGUCGAAGACGAAAAUGCCACGACCUCAUACAACGAGAGGGAACCUCCGCGUCUCACUCCCGGAUCCACAGCUGGUACCCCAGAUGAUUCGCCACCACCCAUACCACCCUCCUUCAAUUCGUUCGAACCUUCCUAUGGAUUAGAUAUGUCCUUCAACAACACACCCACGCCAAAUUUCCUUGCAGUACCGAACCGACCAAGUCUUAUAGAUCUCUCAUUUGAUCAGACACUGGGGCUGGACCUUGCUCCUGGUUUCGGCCUCGGCUUCGACGGCAACGACGGUUACAACACGCUUAGCUUCAACACGAUGGGUGAGGCUGAACAACUUCCUGUGGUGAAGCAGAAGCCGAAGAAAGUCGCGUGGGUAGACGUUUCGAAGCUUAUCGAUAAGAUGAUGACAAGAGCGAUUUGCCUGGGUCGAGCGCCUGGAUACAGGCGUAAUGAUGUAGAUGUUGCCUUUAGAGAGGCACUAAUACCCGCAUUCUGAAGAUACGAUAGACGAUACGAUGUAUGAGAGACGAGCGUAUGCCCACGGAGGGGAACCUUUCUCAUUGCAUAAGAGGGCUGCUACACCACAAAAGUAAUUGUGGUCUCUGGAGCUCUUCUCUAGUCAUAGAGAACGUACGACACAGCUCUGG